AUUCUGUAUAAAGCACAGUACCAGAUAAUGUGCAAUGCCGAUUCCUGUCUUGGUUUAUACUUUGUACGUAUUGGUUUUGUGUAAAACGCGGUCGUAUUUUUAAUCUUCCAAUGGCGGAUUUUAACAAAGAAAAAAGAAAAUUAAUAUAUUGUAUAUCCCAAUGGACUCCCGACUUGGACGUACAAGAGUUUGAUAUCGACGUAUCGGAUUUAACAGUUUUGUUUCAAAUUAUGGGGUAUACAUUGGAAGAGUUCGAAAGGGUGCCUGCUAUAGAGGAGAAUGGCGAAGCAGCGUCUUCAACCGGUCAGAUAUCUACAUCUCGAGUGCAGUUGAUAUGUUCGAAAUCAGGAAUGAAAAGCACACUAACUAAAACGUUAAAAUCAUGUCAAUGCCCAAAUACUCAAGAUUUAGAUAAAGGUCAAUCAUGGUUCGUAACCGGUUGUGCGCCUUCUUCCAGUCAGAGCACCGUCAGUUCGUCUGCAUGCUCCCUCAUACCCACAAUUUCAAAGUGUAAGGCAAGCAUAGUUGGCCACCUAAUCGACAAGGCUAUAUCAGUAAUAAAAAAUAAGGACACACGUGACACAGACACGCCGUUAAAUUUAUCUCAAAAUGCACUCCUGACUCGUCAUCGAUCAUUGGACACAUUAAAAUCAAAAGAAGGAUCAAAACUAUUAAGUGGAAACCUCUCAAAAGAACUGUCGUGGGAGGUGGACCCAAGCACUUCUCCACCAACGCAGGCCUCUAGUCCAUUACCCGACCUAACACGCACUCUAAGUGGAUUAUCUUUAGAUGCAAACAAAAAAGCAACAUUAAUUAGACAUUUAUCUACAAUUCACGAUUUAGUGAAGCAAUCGUUAGAAAUAGCAGGUCCUAGUUCUACGUCCAUCAAAAAAACACAAAAGAGAAAGGUGUCGGACAUUAAACCAGAAGGUCAUCUACCGAACGGAGCAGGACCAAGCACACCCAGAAAAACUCCAAACAGACGGCUAUUACCUUUGGCGGCGAAGCGAUGCGGAAUACCGACGCCGACAUUUCAAAAGGUGGUGCCGAGGAUAGCAAGUCCAAGUAAUGCAGUCGGCGUCAAAUCAAGAUUAAAGGUGUCGUCCUCGGUGUCGGCUAAACCGACGGGCAUAAGUUCAUUGUAUCGAACUGCAAGUAAACCUGCUACUGCAUCAACUGUUACAAAAUGUAAAAACCCGGCAUUUGGGAAAAAAUAAUUUUAAUAUUUUUAAAACUUUAUUGCAAUUUUAUUAUUUAAAUAAAUAUAUUUUGCUGUU